CCUCUAGAUUCUUCUUGCAAAUCCUUUGCUGAUGGAGACUGUUUGCCUUCGAAAAUGGGAUAGCAUCUGAUUCCAUCCAUCCUACGGCCGGACUUUACCUGGCCGCGACCAAUGCAGUAUCCACUAUCGAGCACUACGCCUCCAGUACCCCCAUAUACCAGGAAGGUACUCUCUUUCCACCUGGGAAACCGGGCGAGCAUUGAAGAAGCGGCAGCCAUAAAAAUGGCGAGAGAUGCUGGGGGAGCGUGGCUGGAAGAGCUAAAGCAAUGCGUAAAUGUUAUGUAUAAAUGGCCUCCACCAGAUGAGUACUUCAUUUGCUCACUGAUUGGGACCGCUAUUCGAAUUCCACGAGUUCCUCACCAUAUCAUGGCUUCAUCCCGUGGACUCACGACUCGAGCGGAAUUUGAGAAGACCUUGCUAGAGGCAAAUAAACUACGACAGCGUUCUCACAGACUCACAUUGACUCACGGAGAUUUUAGAGCCCACAAUAUCAUAGUUGGCGAUGACGGACAUUUAUCUGGGUUUUUUUUGUUUAGGAAUGGAAAUCAAUGUCUUGAGGAAUUGGUUUCUGAUAGAGCUCUGAACUCGCUAACGGUCAACUCUUACAUCACAUUUUGUCCAGGAUGAACCAAAACACUUGACAUUGAUGCAUGGAACGACAGAUAUGUACAUAAUCUUGAAUUUAGUCGCUAAAAGGACAGUAAUAGAAUCACCAUGAAGACCGUAGGGCUAUGGCCACCGACGUGUGCCAC